AUGCUCCCUCCAUCAAGCAUACCAACUUCGUAUUUCACUCUCCUCUUCUACGCCUUUGCCGUACCUGACGCCACAUUCCAUAGAAGAAAUGCAACAGCAAAAGACCCUUCCAGUCCAUUAGGGGGAGGAGCAGCAAGUCCUUGCACUUUCUACAACAUGGUAAGCAAUCCAGGAAUUCGCGGUGCAGUCACUCAGUCUACCGUAGAUGCAGCUAGAAAGUAUGGGCUUGACGGUCUUGAUCUUGAUUGGGAAUUUCCAAACAACAGACAAGACAUGACAAACCUUGCAAUACUCUUCAAGGAAUUCUUGUUAGCUGAAUUGCCAUAUGCCUAUCCUGGUUCUGCCAUUAGGAAAUAUGUUGAUUCUCUGAAUCCCAUGUGCUCUGACUGCCAUGGUGCUUGGAACACUGCAGUAACUGGGGCUCAUGCGCUGGUCUAUGACAAGGUCUAG